AUGGCUUCAUUAUAUAAGGUGUCAGAAGACACUAAAAAGACAAUUCAAAAAUUCAGAAUUUCUACGUCCAGAUCUGAAAAAAUAAAGUGUCUACCCAUCAAGAUUGAACCAUCUCCAUCUUAUGCUAUUGUUGUUGACAGAGAGGAACAAGAGGAGCUCGACGAAGAUUUGAAUGAGCUAGGUGAUCUAUCAGAGAUAUUACCGGAUAAUGCACCAAGAUUUGUUUUAACGGCCUACCCUUUAACGAACAAAGACGGGAUCAAACAAACACCAUUGAUUCUACUAUAUUGGAAACCGUUAACAGUGGUAUCUUCUGAAUGGAAAAUGUUAUAUGCAGGUGCUUUGGAAAUGGUUAAAAACUUAUGCGGGCCCUCUAAAACUAUCGAAAUUACAUCGGGUUUGGAGGACGAUGACGAAGUUGAGGAACUAGGUAAGGGUAUCUCCUCUUCUGCUAUUCCAUACUCCAGAAAUGCCCCAGCUUGGUUCAAAUUAUCCUCUGAAGCUGUCGUUGAACAAAUCAUCAAAUACGCCAGAAAGGGUUUAACUCCAUCUCAAAUUGGUGUUUUAUUGAGAGAUGCUCACGGUGUUACUCAAGCUAAGAUCAUUACCGGUAACAAGAUCAUGAGAAUCUUAAAAUCCAACGGUCUUGCUCCAGAAAUCCCAGAAGAUUUAUACUUCUUAAUCAAGAAGGCUGUUUCUGUCAGAAAGCACUUGGAAAGAAACAGAAAGGACAAGGAUGCUAAGUUCAGAUUAAUUUUGAUCGAAUCUAGAAUCCAUAGAUUAGCUAGAUACUACAGAAAGGUUGCUGUUUUACCACCAAACUGGAAGUACGAAUCUGCUACCGCUUCUGCUUUAGUCAACUAA